CUUUAGUAGACUACGACUACUUACUUACCCAAACGGUGGCAGCCAGUCCGACUGAAGUCCGCGCUCUUGUUGUUCGUCCUUUCCCCCGCUGAACUCGUGCCGUCCCAGACGUGGUGGACCCUAUCCAGACAAUUCCUAAUCCCAGGAAGUCUGUUGAAUUCUCGUUUGCUGGCUUUUCUUGUUACUCUGUCUUGACUCAUCCCCCGCUAUCACCAUGCCUACUAUCUCCGUCGACAAGGAAGCGCUUUUCAAGGCGCUCGGCCGGGACUACACCACCGAGGAGUUUGACGAGCUGUGCUUCGAAUUCGGCAUUGAACUUGAUGAAGACACCACAAACUCCGACAGACCGAUCGUGAACGGAAAGCAGGAACCCCCGCAGCUCAAGAUUGAGAUCCCCGCCAACCGCUAUGAUCUGCUGUGCUUCGAGGGUAUCUCCCUCAUGCUCAACAUCUUCCUGGGCCGCCAGCCUAUCCCCAACUACAAACUGGUCGAGCCUGCCAAUGGAGAACUUCAGACGAUUAUCGUUAAGGAGGAUACCAUGAAGAUCCGUCCUCUCGUCUCCGGUGCCAUUCUCCGCAAUGUGAAGUUCGACCAAGCGCGUUACGAAUCCUUCAUCGCUCUGCAAGAUAAGCUCCACCAGAACCUCGCCCGGCAAAGAACCCUCGUGUCGAUCGGUACCCACGACUUGGACACCAUCCAGGGACCCUUCACAUACGAGGCGCUUCCCCCCAAGGACAUCAAGUUUGUCCCUCUCAACCAGACCAAGGAAAUGAAUGGCGAGGAGUUGAUGGCUUUCUAUGAGAAAGACAAGCAUCUGGGCAAGUACCUGCAUAUCAUUCGCGACUCCCCCGUCUACCCGGUGAUCUACGACUCGAAGAGGACCGUGUGCUCUCUCCCUCCUAUCAUCAACGGUGAUCAUUCGAAGAUCACCCUGGACACCAAGAACAUCUUCAUCGAGAUUACUGCGCUUGACAAGACGAAGCUCGAGAUCGUGAACCGGAUCAUGGUUUCCAUGUUCUCCCAAUACACCUCUGAGCCUUUCACGAUUGAGCCCGUUAAGGUGAUCUCUGAGCACAACAACGAGACCAGAAUCGUGCCAGACAUUGCCCCCCGGACGGCACAUGCCGAGGUUUCUUACCUCAACCAGUGCUGCGGAUUGGAGCUCUCCCCCGAAGAGAUCUGCACUCUUCUGAAGAAGAUGGCUUACGAUGCGAAGCCCUCUGCUACGUCUUCUGACUUGAUCGAUGUUUUCGUUCCCCCGACCAGAGCCGAUGUGCUCCACCAGGCAGAUAUCAUGGAGGACGUCGCCAUUGCCUACGGCUUCAACUCUCUUCCCCGGUCUUUCCCCAGCAAGUCCGGUACUGUCGCCCAGCCUCUUCCCAUCAACAAGCUCACCGAUAUUGUGCGCACGGAGGCCGCUAUGGCAGGCUGGUCUGAGGUGCUGCCGCUGAUCUUGUGCUCGCACGACGAGAACUUUGCUUGGCUCAACCGCAAGGACGACGGAAACACCGCCGUCAAGUUGGCCAACCCCAAGACCACGGAGUUCCAGGUUGUCCGCACGAGCUUGCUGCCUGGUCUGCUGAAGACCAUCCGUGAGAACAAGCACCAUGCAGUGCCCAUGAAGAUCUUCGAGGUCAGCGACGUUGCUUUCAAGGACGUGUCUCUGGAGCGUAAGAGCCGCAACGAGAGGCACUUUGCCGCCGCCUGGUACGGCAAGACCAGUGGAUUCGAGGUUGUCCACGGUCUUCUGGACCGCGUCAUGGCCAUGCUCAAGAGCGCCUUCAUGACUGGCGAAGAGGGUCUUGAGAACUCGGCUAUGAGCGAUUCUCAGUACUGGAUUGAAGAGCUCGAUGAGCCUACAUACUUCCCCGGCCACGCCGCAUCCGUUCACGUCCGGAUAGCCGGCAAAGACCAUGUCAUUGGUGCCUUCGGUAUCCUGCACCCCACAGUGCUGGAGAACUACGAGUUGAAGUACCCUGUCAGCACUUUGGAGAUCAACAUCGAAGCUUUCCUCUGAGCGACGACGGAAGAUCAAGCAAGGACAUGCGUAGACGAUAGAUGUUAUAGAAAAUAGCUGAUGCCAUGAUCGAUUAUUACCCAAGUUAGCAAGAGGAUACAAUCAAAAGCAAAAAGAAUUUCGAGACUCUGAAGGC